AUGUCUUUUCACAGUACGUGGGCCGUCUCCGACAAGACACCCGAUGACGGCCGCGAUAGCCAGUAUUCCCAUGAUUUGGUGCAGCAGGAGGAACCUCUCGUGGGCUUCGCAACUGAUGGUGCAGUUUCCGACCAUCUUCAACUCGGGCAAUCCACACAAAUGCCAGCAACAGACACGCCUGAUAUUUCAACAAGCGACAUGCCUUUGCCAUCCAGUUACUUACAUUUGGACUCUCAACACGAAGCCACAUUGUCCGUCCAUCAUCAGCCUUCGGCUGCCACGCUACAUCCUCGAGGCAGCAGUGACCAAGCCCACAGCACCGUCGACAAGUCGGUGACUUGGGACUUAUUAUAUGGCAAUGACUUGGACCUUCUUUGGAGGGAAAUCGCAGCGACCUCUUCCCUGUCUAUGCCAUCGACGUUUGGGACAAACUAUCCAAUCAAUUUGCUUCCCGCUUCACAGCCCGGUAUCUCUGAGCUUGACACGGCCAUGUUUUCCAACAAACGUCACGACGAGUCACGGAACACGUCAGGCGUAAGAAUGCCUGAUUUUCUUCCGCGUCAGCCAGCCGGGCAACCAUCGGAGAAUUAUGCCCGAUCUAUACCAGAAAACACCAAAACGACAUCCAGUGGGCGCCUCCUUCAGCCCCCGUCAACCCUUGAUGGAACUGGUAGUCCGUGUUUGCUAUCCAAAGCGGACUACUCCAUUAUAUGCAACAGCAUUGAAAAACACCGUUCCGUCUUGCCAGCAACCUUUACUAUGCCUACUCGAUACGCAUUACGCCGCUACGUCGAAGGGUAUUUUUCGGGAUUUCACGAACAUCUGCCCUUUAUCCAUUAUCCCACCUUUUCGCUCGCCUCUCAAACGCCCGAGCUCAUCCUGGCUAUUGCUGCCACUGGGGCUCGGUAUCGGUUUCAACGUCAGCAGUCGCAUGACCUCUAUAUUUCUGCCAGAGCUCUGCUCGAAGAACAAAUACUCAGGAGAAAUGGCUAUGAAAAGCCCAUUUCGGUUUUCAGCACGCCUGAGCUACUCUUGGACGGAUAUUCACACGCUCGUUCCUGCCAAUCCAGUGUAGAAACCCCUGACCAAUCUACAUCAGACAUUAACUGUGACAAUGUCAAGACAAUGCACGCCAUGAUCAUCCUGAUGGCUCUGGGCACGUGGAACCAACGCUCACUCAUAAAGGACGCCUUCUCCAUCGCAAGCGAGCUCGCCUUUUUGGUCCAGGAAGAUGGCGUUGGCGUUGGGGCAGCAGCAGACUCGCCUGGCGCUGAUUUGACCUGGCGUGAGUGGGUUGCUGCCGAAGAGAGGCGACGCGCCAAGCUGGUGGCAUUUUGUUUCAACAACCUACUGUAUAUUGCGUACAACAUUGCCCCCAAGUUGAUGAACUCGGAUGUGGCUCGGCUGAGCGUGCCCAGCCCUGAAUCCCAUUGGAGAGCUGCGAGCGAGGAUGAAUGGAAGGCGGCCCGUAGCAGAGAUGCCAUCGUCGAGACCAACGUUCAACAGAGCUAUUCGAGUCUAUUUCGGAACCAGACCGCUGCGCCAGCUAGCAACGGGCUGUCUUCCUUUGGCAAUUACGUCCUGAUCCACUGCGUAGUACAGCAAAUCUUUCUGGCUAGACAGUUGUCAUUUGCGCCGUCAGGGAUUGAAUGCGCCUCAUUGCCGCCAGAUUUGUUGCUCAAGUUUGACUCUGCGUUGCGGGUAUGGCAACACACCUGGGAGGCUACCAAGGAUUCGUCUCUUGAUCCGUCCUCGCCCGGCGGACCUCUCAGUUUCAAUUCGACGGCUCUCUUCCGACUGGCUUAUAUUCGGCUGCAUGCUGAUUUUGGACCUUGCCGCCGGCUGGAAACGCGCAAUGCCGAGCGCAUUGCCCAGGCUUUCCGCAAUGCCCCUUUGCUCGAACGCAGCCCCCUGGUAGGUCGUGCUGUGCUUCAAAGUGCCCACUCGCUGAGCAUUCCGGUCCGAAUUGGCAUCGAGUUUGUGGCAAGGACGCAAACUUUGCACUGGAGUAUCGUUCACAGUCUGUGUAAUCUGGAAUGCGGCUUGUUUCUCGGCAAAUGGCUCGAAACGAUAGCGAAUGCCAUGGCGUUGGGUGACACUAUACAAGAGGACGAGAAACGAUUAAUGGGCAUUGUUGCGAGCAUCAUCAGUGAGACUGAACUCGGCGACAAGUUGGCCUCUGAAACUGAUAGUGUGCUUAAGGUAAAGCGCAUGGCUGUUGCGGUGAUGCAGUUGUGGGCGUAUAGUUUCAAGGGAGCACAUGUGUUUGAUAUCAUGGGAACUAUUGGUGCGGGCCUGGAUAUAUGCGCUGAUAUGCUUCAACGAGAGCUUGUGACUGAUGACAAGUGA